ACCUGUGUUCACACGAUCAGUUCUUUGGAACUAUAUCUGGAUGUACAAGCUAUUAAAAGCUUCUUGUACUGAGUGACCUUUCAGGCAGAAUUUAGAUCGAAUACUCACACUGCUGCUGCCUGUUGCUGAGUGGAUAGCAGCAGAAAACCCUGGAUUCAAACCUCUGUGGGGCUUUUGUUUUGCUUGUUUUGUUUCUUUUCAUUUUGCCUUAAGAAGAUGAACAAUGAAACCACAACCCUGAUAUCCUUGAAGGAGGCAAUGAAAAGAAUAGACCACAAACUCCAAGCUUUAGAAGCACACUUUAAAGAACUGGACUUCAUCAAGGAUAAUCUGACACAGAAAUUUGAAGAUCAUAGCAAGACUUUGGCAAACCAGGGAGCCCAAGAUGAGCUAUGGACAGCAGUUCUGUCACUCAAGUUCACUUCAAUGGAACUGAAUAUUUUAUACAGCUACGUCAUUGAAGUACUUGUCCACUUGCACACUCGCGUGCUUGAGAAGCUGCCAGAUCUGGUGAGAAGUCUUCCCACCUUAGCCUCCAUCCUUAGACAAAAAGUCAAGAACAAGCGCAUCAGAGUUGUAUGGGAGUCUGUUCUGCAGGAGUAUGGGUUGCAAGAAGGAGAUAUCACAGCACUGUGUAUCUUCUUUGUAGCACAUGGUAACAAGGCAGAACACUACAUUGCUAAAGUAAGGCAGAUGUAUAUAAGAGAUAUCAAUUUCAUGAUCUCUAAUAUGGUAAAGAACCAGGCUCUGCAGGAUGGUUUGCUGAAGGCUAUUCAGGUCAUUGAGAAGGGGAAAGCAGAGACGGCCCCCAAAGAGAAAAAGUCACCCCUAAAAGAGUUGAUACCACCAGUCAAAAGCUAAUCUGUUACACUGGUCUCAGAGAUUCCAUGUCUAGUAUAAUUUAUCUUGCAAAUGGGAAGCAAUACAUAUAUACAAGUUAUUACAAGCUUAUUUUUAUAGCAAAAGUGAGAAGAGUGUUAAAUUAUAAUACAUUGAUACAAUGGAUACCUUCUGUGUAGCAAUAUAAGAGAAUGAAAAAGCUUUCAUGUAACUGUAUAGUAACACAGAGUAAUCACCAAGAUGUGUUUUAAAAUAUUUCCAACAUUAUUGCUCAAUGGAAAAAAAAAGGGCAAAAACAAAUACAUAGGCUACUAUAUCUAUAAACUUCUGGAGAAAUACAUUAAAAAGUGGUAACAUUGGUUGUUUUAGGAAAGAAAACUAAUUUGAGGCUAGGGAUCAAAGGUAGGAAGAAGUCUUUUCACUGUUAAUUCAUUUUGUACUUUAUGAAUUUUGAAACAUGUGAAUGUAUGAUGUAGUAAAGCAAAAAAAAAAAAAUCUACUAUAUUUUGUAUGUUGAUGUGCAUUUUCUCUCUGGUACAGUUCCAUAGGUUAUUUUAUACUAGAAAGGGAAUUCCCACACAGUGAUCAUAUAUUUUAUACUCUUUUUUGAACAAAUGCCAUGCAAUAUGUAGUGUCAAUAAUAGAAACAUUUUAAAAUGUGGAUCCUGCCCUACAGGCAAAAGUUACUUUAUUUGGAAGGUACAAAUUCAGGACAACCAGAAUGAGUAACACCUUGGAGGGAAGUUAGAUAGAGAAGGAUGAGAAGUAAUACAAGAUGUGUUAUCUUGCUGAUUCCUCCUUGAAAAUAGGUUGGUUGCCAGAUAUAUGCACUCAAGUCUUAUCCUUCUCCAGACACAUUGUUUAGAGAAACCGUGCCACAAAAGAGAGAAAGACUGGAACUGUGUUUUGGAAGUGUUACUAAACCAAACUUGGGUCUGCAACAAAGCCAAUCUACUGACAUGAGGUUGUGUUAAGGGAAAGUACAAAAAAAUAAAAUAAAAUAAAAUAAAAAGUAGUACAGCAUUUAUUGCAGGGCACCAAAUAAAGAGAACAGGCAGCUUGGGCUUGAACAGACAGCAUUACCAAGUCCCAGCUGGUUCUACUCACUGACCAAGAAGAUGGCAAACUAAUGUCUCAAAAUAACCAUCCUAUCUGGGUCUGGAUGCCAGGUUCUUUUAUAGAACGUGUAGGUGGAGGGGCUGGGGUGAGGAAGAGAAGUAAAAAGCCCCUUCAUCUUGCAAAUAUCUCCUAGAAUGGCAAGCCUGGGGGAAGGGAUGUGUCGAUUUCUUCCUGUAGCCAUCCCCAGGUGAACAGGGUCCUGAACAAAGGUCCUGAUUUAACAGUCAGGCAGAGGGGCAAGGUUCCCUGAGGCAGGCCAUCAUGUAUGAACAGUACAGAAUGGUACUACAGAAAGGAAGGCUGAGGAGUAUGGAGGGGAGAAUUUUCAAGUUACCGCUCGGCUCUUAGUUUGUUUUGAGGUUUCCCUUUUUCCGCCCAGAGACCAAUCUUGCGACACUGCCCGGUUUCCGCAGUCCCCGGGAGCAGGAAUCACGCGGGAAAAUUAGAGCCACAACGACCCGAGGGAGGCGGUGGCUCACCAGUAAAAGAACCCGGCAAUGCAGGCGCCGCAGGAGACGGGGGUUCCAUCCCUGGUUUGGGAAGAUCACCUGGAGAAGGGCAUGACAACCCACUCCAGUAUUCUGGCCUCAAGAAUCCCAUAGACAGAGGAAUCUUCCGGGCCACAGACGAUAGUGUCGCAGAGUUCAAAAGAACUGGACCAACUUAGCAC